AUGUCGCUUCGACUGGAUUCUGAAGUCGAAAAGCCCAUCUAUGACAAUCCGACCAAGGAGGACAGGGACGUAAGUGUGUAUUUUUUGGUAUCUAUGGUAUUAACUUUAAAUUCAUUUACUUAAAAAUGCUUUACUGACCAAAGUGUAGCGUAUUUCAAAAUUUUUAAAAAUGCACGUGCUGAAUGCUAUAUAUGUUUGUUAAUAGUACUAUAUUUUUAAUUUUACAAGCUUUUAAGUAUGAAGACCUCGAAAAGAUUGUUUUAUAGUAAUUAAAGUGCUAACUGGCUUAGAAUUAAAGGUUUAGACGUGAAAAGCUCAGUAUCAUUAAUAAUACAAAGAAUUCAAAUAAAAAGUUUUGGUCGAUUUUUUCACUUUGGGGCCAUUUUUUAUUACUGGUACUAUAAUUAUAAAAGUUCUUACUUUUCUUUUUUUUCAGAAUGAAGAUAAUGAAGGAGAUAUGGGCCUGAAGCCUUCAAUCACAUUAUUUGGCGGUGUUAUGAUCAUUGUUGGAUGUAUCAUCGGUUCUGGUAUCUUUAUCUCACCUAAAGGUGUUCAUGAAAGUGAGUUUUUUAUUUUUUUUUGAACUUUAAAAUUUGAAGAGUUUCAAAUAAAAAAAGAAAUAUUACUUUGAUAGGAGUACGUUAAUAUUAAAAAUGAAAGUAUAAAAAAGCCUUUAACAGUAGAUAACCAUACCUAUUUUUACCUAUUUGUAGACAUUCAAUCAGUGGGCUGGUCGCUGAUAAUCUGGGUGAUAUGUGGUCUCUUCUCAGCCAUCGGAGCUUAUUGUUAUGCCGAGCUGGGCACUUUUAUUCGUUCUUCUGGAGGUGAUUAUGCAUACGUAUUGGAAGCCUUUGGUCCUCUAAUGGGCUUUAUUCGUAUGUGGAUUGAGUGCAUCAUCGUACGACCAUGUACCAUUACCGCGGUCGCUAUGACAUUCUCUACCAACAUUCUACAGCCUUUGUAUCCGCAUUGUCCUCUGCCUCAUUUGGCUCCACAGUUUGCGGCAGCUACAGUUAUAUUAUUGUUGUGUAUGAUUAACUGUGUGAGUGUCAAGUUUGUGGGAUAUGUGCAAAACUUGUUCACUAUUGCCAAGCUGGCCGCGUUGGUACUGAUCAUCUUUACUGGGGUUGUGCUGAUCUUCAUUGGGGAUCGUGAGUUGUUUUUAGAGGGCUUUAAGGGUUAUCUUGGCAAAGAAUUUAUUUAAAAUUUUAAUUCAAUGGGAAUAAGGUUUUAAAAAAUCAAAUUUUAGCCUAUUUGGACUCAUUCGAAAGCAUGUUCGAAGUCCCGAACAUUGGGGCAGGCCAAGUCGCCUUAGCCUUCUACUCUGGCCUCUGGGCUUACAAUGGCUGGAACUACCUCAACUUUAUCACGGAAGAACUCAUCAACCCCAUUCGUGAUCUACCCAGAGCCAUCUUGAUCUCUAUGGUUAUGGUUACUGUAGUUUAUCUACUGACCAACGUCGCUUUUUACGCAGGCACAUCUCCAGAUGACCUACUUGAAUCAAAGGCUAUUGCUGUCACCUUUGCCAACAGAUAUUAUGGUAAAAUGGGUAUUAUCAUGCCAAUUCUGGUGGCUGGAAGUUGUUUUGGCACAGUGAAUGGUAUCAUGUUAACGUCGUCGAGGUUGUUCUUUGUAGCUGGUCGGAAUCAACAUAUGCCAAGAGUAUUGAGCUAUCUGAAUGUCGAGUGGAAGACGCCGGUACCAGCAGUACUAUUUACAUGUUUGUUGUCAUUGUUCUACCUUUUGUUGAGUGAUAACAUCUACACCUUGAUCAAUUACGUUCAGAUUGUCAACUGGUUGGCUAUUGCUAUUGCCACUUGUGGAUUACUGUAUUUGAGGUGAGGGUUUAACGUUUUUUACUGUUACGAAGUUAUAAACAUCAGUUUUUUUGAGCAUUUUAAAAGCUGAAAUGUUGCAAAGUGUCAAAAAAAUUAUUGGAAAAUUUUACUCUGAUGUUGCUAUAUGUCACAAAAAUUAUUGAUUUGUAAAAUUUGAAAAAAGUCAUAAUUUUUCAAUUCGAAAUCCGUAUUUUACUCAACAAACUUUCAAGAUUUUACUUUCAGACACACCAAACCCCCAAAAGACUACCCACGCCCACUCCAAGUCGGUCUAGUCUGGCCGAUUAUCUUUUUAUUAGGAUGUGUCUUCCUGAUCGUAUUCCCAAUCAUUCAAGCUCCAAUGGACACAGCGAUUGGAAUUGGCAUCAUGUUGACUGGAGUGCCAGUAUACUUCAUAUUUGUGCUUUACCGACGCAAAGUGCCAUUCAUUGACAGAGUAAUGGACGAUGCUACUGUCUUUGCUCAGAAGUUGUUCUUGGUGGUACCGACGGAGAAGAAGGAGACUUAA